GAUCUUGUGCUAGUUCAAGCUAAUGCUAAUAAAAAGAUUAGUCAGCUGAAUGUGACCAAUACUAGGCUUAGAUCUUCUGAGCAGUUAUCCCGUAGUGAGUGUAAAGCAGAGCGAGAGAAAUAUUCUGCUGAAAUCAAAUCACUCAAAUCCUUGAUUAAAACACUGGAGAAAGAAGCGACUUUGGCACAGAAAGCUUCAUCCCUUGACAAGAUCAAGAUUCUCUCUCUUGAAGCUAAAAUAAGUGAAUUGGAAGGUAAGUUGGAAAAUCUGGAACUAGAACAGGUAUUCCAUGAUUCGAAUAUAAAUGGCGGGAUACUAGAGGAGUUAGGUAAGCAAGAUCUAAAGUUACCUGAUUGGAUUGAUGAAAGUUUAAAGAGCUUUGUCUAUACGCUUGGGCUCGAAAAUAAAGUAAAGGAAAUCGAAAAAAAAAUUGCUAAGGAAGAUUUACUAGAAGUGUUGCAAAAGGCAUUGUCAGAAAGAAAUUCUCUCAUUCAAGAAGCAAAACUAAAGGAACCAAAUAAUGCUUGUUUAGCUGAGCAGAUCCAAAAAACAUCUAGCGAGUAUGAAGUACAUGGAGGGACGAGAUCAUGCCUAAGCGCUUCUGACCAAAAUGAACCUUCAAGUGUUAGUAAACUAGAGAAAGAUAACGAUAUCACUAAAAUUAUAGUUAUGGAUCCCCAACCUGAUAUGCAGAAGAACCAAAAGACAGGACUACCCCCUAUGAAACUUCGUCUUUUGAAUAUGGAUGAGGUCACUAAACAUGAAUCAUCCCGAAAUAUUGGACAUCCAGCAAUGACAUAG